AUGGGAGAAAAACAUGACGGCAUUACUGUGACGUGGGAGAAUUUGGAGGCCACAGUUACGAAUGGAAAGAGUAGAAAACAAAUUCUGCAUGGACUAACAGGUUAUGCUCAGCCAGGGAAGCUUUUAGCUAUAAUGGGUCCUUCAGGCUGUGGCAAAUCCACACUUCUUGAUGCUUUAGCAGGAAGAUUGAGAUCAAACAUAAAGCAAACGGGGAAGAUCUUAAUCAAUGGCCGCAAACAAGAACUGGCAUAUGGAACAUCAGGCUAUGUAACACAAGAAGAAGCUAUGUUGUCCACUUUAACUGCUAGAGAAACUUUAUACUACUCGGCUCAGCUCCAAUUUCCAGAUUCAAUGUCCAUAGCAGAGAAGAAAGAACAAGCAGAUAUCACACUGAGAGAAAUGGGUCUACAAAAUGCCAUUAACACAAGGGUUGGAGGGUGGAGUUCUAAAGGCCUGAGUGGGGGACAAAAGAGGAGACUUAGCAUUUGCAUUGAGAUUCUAACACGCCCAAAACUUCUCUUCCUUGAUGAACCAACUAGUGGACUUGAUAGUGCAGCCUCUUAUUAUGUUAUGAGUAAAAUUGCAAGUCUAAAUCAAAGAGAUGGAAUUCAAAGGACUAUUGUUGCUUCCAUUCAUCAACCCAGCAGUGAAGUUUUUGAACUUUUCCAUGAUCUUUUCCUUCUGUCUUCUGGGGAGACAGUAUAUUUUGGUCCUGCGUCUGAUGCAAAUCAGUUUUUUGCUUCAAAUAGCUUUCCUUGCCCACCUCUCCAUAAUCCUUCCGAUCAUUACUUAAGGAUCAUAAACAAAGAUUUCAAUCAGGAUGCUGAAGAAGGCUUUGGUAAUGGAGUAACUGCUGAAUUAGCAAUUAAUACCCUUGUAAAUUCUUAUAAAUCGUCUGAUAUUAGAAAUCAAGUUCAACUUGAAGUGGCAAAAAUAAGUGAAAGCGAUUCCGGUGCAAACGGUAAGAAGAAGAUCCACGCUGCGUUCCUCACUCAGUGCCUCGUUCUUACGAAAAGAUCUUCACUCCAAAUCUAUCGUGACAUAAGCAAUUAUUGGUUACGUCUUGUUGUCUUUAUGGCAAUAGCUGCAAGCGUGGGCUCUAUCUUCUAUCACGUAGGCCUAAGCAUGGAAUCGAUACAGGACAGAGGAUCGCUGCUUUGCUUUUUUAUUUCAGUUCUGGCUUUCAUGACACUCGUUGGUGGAUUCUCUCCAUUAAUCGAGGAAAUGAAGAAUUUUGAAUACAAAUUCUUCUCUUGUCAGCUCUGAAGAAUUAAUUAAGGUAUUCUGAUUAAUGAUUAAUUGUCUUACUUUUCAACUAAAAUUUUCCUUUCAUUGUGUCAGGUAUUUGAACGAGAGAGAUUAAAUGGGCACUACGGUAUUACAGCUUUUCUCAUAGGCAACAUAUUAUCUGCUAUUCCCUACAUACUAAUGAUAUCUCUUAUUCCCGGAAUUAUAGUUACAUACCUUUCUGGAUUACACAAAGGACUAGAAAACAUUUUAUAUUUUAUUUCUGUUCUAUUUGCCAUUGUGAUGUGGGUUGAGAGUCUUAUGAUGGUUGUUGGGAGUAUCUUUCCAAAUUUCGUAAUCGGUGUGUUCAUUGCUGGUGGAAUGGAAGGGCUUAUGAUUUUAGCAGGUGGAUUCUAUCGACUACCAAAUGAUCUUCCUAAGCCAUUAUGGAAAUACCCUUUGUACUAUGUUUCUUUCUUAGCAUAUGCUCUCCAAGGGUUGUUAAAGAACGAAUUUGAAGGCUUAACAUUUGUUUUGGAUCAAGGUGAUGGUGCCAAAACCAAGAGUGGUAGAAUGAUAUUGGCUGAGACAUGGCACGUGCAAAUGGGUUACUCCAAGUGGGUUGAUCUUGCUAUCAUGUUUGGAAUGAUUGUUCUAUAUCGUGUUUUGUUCUUGACCAUCGUUAAGAGCAAGGAGAAGUUCAAACCUAUGCCUGGGAUGAAAUCAAUCGAAAAUGGGAAAGUUGAUCAUGCAAAUGAAGAGAAGGGGGUUUUCUUGACGUGGGAGGACCUGUGGGUGACUGUUUCAAAUGAAAGAAAGAAUGGAAGGAAGCCAAUACUUGAGGGCCUAAAAGGUUAUGCCAAACCAGGACAACUCUUGGCUAUAAUGGGUCCUUCUGGUUGUGGCAAGUCAACACUGCUUGAUGCUUUAGCGGGAAGAUUAGGUUCAAGGACAAAGCAAACAGGGAAAAUUCUAAUCAAUGGCAGGAAACAAGCACUAGCUUAUGGAGCAACUGCAUAUGUAACAGAAGAUGAUACUAUUUUGGCAACUCUGACAGUUAAAGAAGCUGUAUACUACUCAGCUCACCUUCAAUUGCCAGAUUCAAUGUCCAAGUCAGAAAAACAAGAGAGAGCAGAUCUCACAAUCAGAGAAAUGGGUCUUCAAGAUGCUAUCAACACAAGGAUUGGAGGGUGGGGAUCUAAAGGUGUUAGUGGUGGACAAAAAAGGAGAGUUAGCAUUUGCAUUGAGAUCUUAACACAUCCCAGGCUUCUCUUCCUUGAUGAACCUACUAGUGGACUUGAUAGUGCAGCUUCCUAUCAUGUUAUGAGUAGAAUAUCUAACUUAAACAAAACGGAUGGAAUUCAAAGGACUAUUAUUGCAUCAAUUCAUCAGCCAAGUAAUGAAAUUUUUCAACUUUUCCACAACCUUUGUCUUCUUUCUUCUGGGAAAACAGUUUACUUUGGACCUGUCUCUGCUGCAAAUAAGUUUUUCUCAUCAAAUGGUUUUCCCUGCCCAAGUCUCCAUAGCCCUGCUGAUCACUUCGUAAAAACCAUUAACAAGGAUUUUGAACAGGACCCUGAGAAAGGAUUAGCUGGAGGGCUCAGCACUGAAGGAUCGAUUCAUAUUCUUGUUAAAUCAUAUGACUCAUCUGAGAUUCGUCAUCAAGUUCAAAGAGAAAUUGCUCAAAUAAAGAAAAGGGACUUGGACCCAGUGGAGAAGAAAUGUCAUGCUGACUUUCUUACCCAAUGCCUCAUUCUUACAAGAAGAUCUUUCGUGAAUAUGUAUCGUGAAGUAGGCUAUUACUGGUUACGCCUUCUUAUCUAUGGUGCCUUGGCUUUAAGUCUUGGUACCAUGUUCUUUGAUAUUGGUUCAAGCAGUGAAUCAAUUCAGGCCAGAGGUUCACUGCUUGUGUUUGUUGUUACAUUCCUGACCUUCAUAACUGUUGGUGGGUUCCCUUCUUUCGUGGAGGAUAUGAAGGUUUUUGAACGAGAAAGACUUAAUGGGCAUUAUGGUGUCACUGCAUUUACCAUUGGCAACACGUUAUCUGCUGUUCCAUUUCUGUUGUUGAUGUCAUUGAUCCCAGGAGCACUUGUUUAUUACCUAGUGGGACUUCAACAAGGGCAUGAACAAUUUGUGUACUUCAUAUCUAUGCUUUUUAUAUCUGUCUUCUUGGUUGAGGGUCUUAUGAUGAUUGUUGCAAGUAUGGUUCCCAAUUUCUUGAUGGGUAUAAUCCUUGGUUCCGGAAUUUUGGGCAUAAUGAUGUUAGAUGGUGGGUUUUAUAGGCUGCCAAGUGAUAUUCCUAAGCCCUUUUGGAGAUACCCUUUGCACUACAUUUCCUUCCACAAGUAUGCCUACCAAGGACUAUUCAAGAAUGAGUUUCAAGGUCUAACAUUCACUAGCAACCAAGUUGGAGGAUCCAUGACAAUUAGUGGUGAAGAUAUACUGAAACAAAUAUGGCAAAUGGAAAUGAAUUAUUCAAAGUGGGUGGAUUUUGCUAUCUUGGUAGGAAUGGCAGUGGUAUAUAGAAUUCUAUUUUUUGUUAUCAUCAGGAGCUUUGAGAAGUUGAAACCUAUUGUUGCAGCAAUUAAUUGUCCUCAAGCAAAUUUUAGGUUCACUAAAGUGACAAGGAGCAGUGAGAUUGAUUAGCUUGCAUUGCUUGUAACCCAAGGCACAGUAAUCAUGUUUGAGGUAUCCCAUAAGAGCUGCAAA